CUCAACAGCUGAAAAAGAGGGCUCGACCGCUUGUCUCCCCCCCAACACCCCCUUAGGUCCCGUCCCGCAGGCGCCCCGCACCAUGGCUCUGUCUUGGAGGAGCUGGCUGGCCAAUGAGGGGAGCAAACACCUCUUUCUGGUAGGGGAAUGCCCCCUCUCCCGUGACUGAGAGGUGGGCGAGGGGGUGCUGGGAGGAUCCGAGGGUAUCGAGGAGCCCCCGGGAGGCGCCUCCCAGCCGUGGGGAUGCUGGUACCCGGGAGGGGGGAUGCGCUGCGCGGCACCGGGCACUCGCUGUGUGCGGGUUUGCUCUUUGUUCCAUCCGCUUUGGGGAGGUUUCAGGGAGAGGAUGUAUCUCCUAAGAGGUUAAGGUCGCCCUGCCUUUGUCUCUUUGUUGCUAGUUUUUACCCAACUAAAGAUUUAAAGCAGCGUUUUGUGUGUGGAGGGGUUUCCCGGCUAGCAGUAGUUUUAAGUCACAAAAGUAAACUUUUGGGACGCUGAAUGAAAGUGAAAAUUUCUCACGUAAGCGCUAUUACUUUUAUUAUUUUAAAAUAUUCUAUGAUAAAUGCUUGAACUUUUCUUCUCCCCUUCCAUUUACAACAGGCUUAUGAGUUUUAUGAAUGAAAUUAACACUGAAAAGUUUGCACGUGUGACUUUCCCUUACAAUCACUUGUUUCUGUUUCAUUUUAGUUUUUCUGGCUCUCCCUCAAUGUGUGGCUCUUCUGGAAAACCUUCCUGCUCUAUUAUCAAGGGCUGCAAUAUUAUUAUUUGCAUCAGAUGUUAGGGGAUUAUGUAUUAGCAGAGCUUCAGCAUCUGUCCUCAAUCUCAACUGCUGCCUGGUCCUUCUACCAAUGUGCCGUGUUCUCUUGGCCUUCCUGCGAGGAUCUCAGAAGGUUGCCAGCAAGAAAACCAGAAGGCUGCUAGAUAAAAGUAAAACUUUCCAUGUGACAUGUGGUGUUACGAUAUGCAUAUUUUCAGUCUUACAUGUUGCUGCUCAUCUGGUGAAUGCUCUUAACUUCUCUGAGAACUACAAUGAAGAUUUUCUGGCACUAAAUGCAGCAAACUAUCGUGGUGAGGAUCCAAGGAAGCUGCUUUUUGCUACUGUUCCAGGUCUGACUGGAGUCAUUAUGGUGUUAGUACUAUUCCUAAUGUGUACAGCUUCUACAUAUGCCAUCAGGGUUUCAAACUAUGACAUCUUCUGGUAUACGCACAACCUUUUCUUUGUCUUCUAUAUGCUGCUGAUGCUACAUGUCUCUGGGGGAGUGCUCAAGUACCAGACGAACUUAGAGGAACACCCUCCUGGUUGCUUUAAUCCUAACAAAACACUCCAAGAGAAUAUGACAGUGCCAACGGCUUUUGAAGAGUUGUUUCCUGGCUAUACUACUGAGCCUUUCCCAGAGGACUUAUCAGUACCAGAACCCUUUGUACAAAAUAACUUUAUGAGAAUUUGUUCCGAGGGACCCAAAUUCCAGUCACACUUCCCAGAGACUUGGUUUUGGAUUUCUGGACCUCUGUGCUUGUACUGUAUGGAAAGGCUGUACCGCUACAUCCGCAGCAAUAAACCAGUCACAAUAACUUCAGUGAUAAGCCAUCCCUCCAAUGUACUUGAAGUAAGGAUGAUGAAAGAUGACUUUAAAGCAAGGCCUGGUCAGUAUGUUAUUCUACACUGUCCAAGAGUGUCGGCACUAGAAAGCCAUCCAUUCACCCUUACAAUGUGCCCUACAGAUACCAAAGCAACGUUUGGGGUCCACCUUAAAGUAGUAGGAGACUGGACAGAAAGAUUUCGGGAUUUACUGCUUCUACAUUCAAAUCAAGAUACAGAGAUUCUGCCCAUCUUUCAGCAGAGGCGCUAUCCCAAGCUGUAUGUGGAUGGACCUUUUGGAAGUCCCUUUGAGGAAUCCCUGAACUACGAGGUCAGCCUCUGUGUGGCUGGAGGUAUUGGAGUUACACCGUUUGCAUCAAUACUCAACACACUGCUUGAUGACUGGAAACGCUACAAGCUCAGAAGACUCUACUUCAUUUGGGUGUGCAGGGACAUCGAAUCUUUCCGCUGGUUUGCAGAUUUGCUCUGCAUGUUGCAUGACAAGCUUUGGCAGGAGAAUCGACCAGACUACGUAAACAUCCAGCUAUACCUCAGUCAAACAGAUGGAAUGCAGAAAAUAAUUGGUGAAAAAUAUCAAGCUUUAAACUCAAGGCUUUUGAUUGGACGACCCCAGUGGAAACUCCUUUUUGGUGAAAUAGCAAAGUGUAACAGGCGGAAGACCAUUGGAGUUUUCUGUUGUGGACCAAACAAAAUCUCUAAGAUACUUCAUAAACUGAGCAACAGCAGCAACUCUUAUGGGACAAGGUUUGAGUAUAAUAAGGAAUCCUUCAGCUGAAAGUCUUUUGGACCAGCAAGACUGUCUAGAAGAUAAAAGUGCAAUUUUUUGUUUGUACAACAUAAAGUUUGGCUGUGGUUUAAACAGACAGAAAUGUACCAAAGAAUAGCACAGCUUUUCUUAUUUAUGAUUAUUUAAGGCUUUGGAAAAUGAUGGAUGCAGCAGUAUACCAACAAAUAAUAAGUGCUUAUGCUCAAAGCCAAAUACGCUCACACGAAGUUUGUGGCAGCAGUGAUUCUUUGGAGUUGUUUCUGUCAAUUAAAAAGUACAGAAGCCAGGGAGAGAUGCAGUUGCUUUAAAAGCUGAUGGAAGAAGAAUCUGUGGAAUGUUUGAAUUUCUUUCACUUCAGUCCUCUGGAGCUGAGACAGUGAGCCUAAUCCCAAGUUAAUCCAAAUGGCAAAACAUAGUAUAUUACAAAUACCUAUCGCUUUUGUUGGCAUACAGCUCUCAUGACUUUGUGGAGGAAACACUCCAUAUUAAAGUUUUUAUACAUUGCAGAAUUGUGAUUCUGUAUUUAAAAUAUAGACUGUCACUCUAGUUAGUUUGCUUCUGGAAUGGAUAUGACUGUUUCCAUCCUCAAUGGGUGGAAUGCGGGAGAAUGAAAAAGUGAGCAGAACUAUGUAGCAACUGUGGGCAGACUGCGCCAUGAUGCAGCCCUUUGGCAAGCAAACAGCUAUAUUUUACAAUGCAGCAGGUUGAAAUCCAAUUUUAGAUGUG